AAUGACAUGCUCGCGUGCGUGUGUCCGUGCGUGCAUGUGCGUGUGUGUGCGCGCGCGAACGUACGUACGGCUAUGGGCAGGCAUGUACAAUUCAUUCUGAAAACACAGAUAAACACACAUCCUCUUCUUAAAACACUACACUAACGGAGACCGGAUGCUAGGAGUCCUCUAGGGUUCUAGAGGCACAGCAAACACAGUCUUGGCUCAGCUUUGUUCUCAACAUCCUCACCUCGCUGCAAGGUAUCACUUCAGCUGUCCUCAGUGAAGAACAAGAAUCAGGAACACCAUUGCACUUUCCGCUUCUGUGUACACACCGUAUGACAUGUAUCCAAGACAAGUUUUUGAAUUGUCUAGAGCCUGUAUUGCGUUCAUUGCGCUCCUUUCCGUAAUUGCAUUCUUCUGUAUGAUUACUCAUUUCAAGGUUAUUUUUGCAAUACUCAAGUCAUGCUGUAGUACGAGAAAGCUGUCAAUGGAAGAACAUAUGGAAAUAAGUGCACAGGAUACUAUCCCUCAAAAGAGUGUUCACAAGGGCCCACCCUCCGAAAAACUACCUUAUCCAAUGGAAAGCAUGGGUCCUGAUGGCCAAAAGAUUAAAGCACUAUACCCCUCUCUUCAAAUGAUGGCUGACCAAGGGCUAAUUGACACUACCUCUACGUCAACUGCCACGACAGAAUAUAUUAACCAGGCUUUUGUUGGACAAGUGUGAAAAUUAAGCACAUUAUAGAGCAAUUAUUAAUAAACUUGGUAUAAAUAAAA